AUGCUAAUAUUCACUAUAUUAAUUACACUAAUUAGCCAAUUAAUUAGUGGCAGCCAAGAAAUUGAGAUUUCUUGUAAGCCAUGUGGAGUGCCAGCCAAGUUUGGGACAAUUUACCUGGCCCCAGGUCGACCUCCUUGUCUACAUCCAGGCCAGCCUAUUUUCUCAUGGCCUGGCGGCUUGAAAUGUCCAGUUUUGGGACCACCAACUAGACUUUGGAGCCCGAAAAUUGGGCUUCUCGAAGAAGAGAGUCUGGUUUUGGCCAAGGAACGAAUUUGCUUUUUCGAUGGUCCCCUCAAAAUUUCAUAUCAAUAUCAAUGUGAAGGAUCGGAAGAGAUUUAUUCGUCGGAGAUGAAAAUCGGGCAUCCUAAUUUUCCCGACCGGAGGAAUUUUGGGAGGGUGAAGAGAUGGGCAAGACGCAGGAAUCCUGAUGCAAAUACGGUGCAUUUUCAACAGGACAAGUGAGUUUUUGUUUUUGGGAGCCCAAGUUUCCGAGUGUUUAUGAAGCUCGGGAACUUGGGAAAUCGGGAAAAUUCGAGGAACCGGAUUUCUUGGAAGUAGGAGCUUUUGGAACUCAUUCUAGAAAUUUUUAUGAAAUUUAUUUCAGGACCAAGAUUUUUGAAGUUCAAAAUUGUUGGAAAAAGAUUGAACUUUUCUAUUUCAAAAAUUAAUUUCAGCAUUUUCUGUGAACCUCAAUUUAUAACCAAAAAUUCAUUCAUUUUCGAAAAAAAUUCAGACUAAUUUUUUGGAACUUUUCCAAUUUCCUGUGCAAUUUCAGCAAUCUGAACAUGAAAAUUCUCUGUUUUUGAAUGUUUUUGUCUGAAAAAAAUUCUGAAAAACAUUUUUCAGCUGUUCCCAAAGUUCACAAUUUCUCAUUCCCCCAAAAAAACUUGAAACCAUCUCAAAUUUCACCAAAGCUCUUUUUUCCAAUCCAAAAAAAUCCUUAUUUUUUCUUGUGAACUUUAUGAACUCUCAAAAUGCUCCAAAUCCAAAGCUAAGAAUAUCCACAGUAACCAAGCCAUAUUUGGUCUCAAAACGCUCCAAAUUUCCAGUAGAUCAAAACCAGGCCCAAUUUUUUUUCAGAUAUGUCCGCGAGUUGCCUGAAGACACUCCAAUCGACACCAUUGUCGCCUCAGUCAAAGCCACCCAUGCCUCCAAAAAGACCCUAUAUUAUUCAAUGGUCGCUCCACAAGAUUCCAGGUCUCAGAAUCUUUUCACACUAGAUACGGUAACUUUUUCAACAUUUUCUGAGCUCAAAAUCAACCCCAAAAUCCCAUUUUUCCAGACCUCCGGUGAAAUUCGCCUCGCCAAAAGUUUAGACCGUGAAACGUUGGACAAACACAUUUUGAAAGUCACCGCCUAUGAGAGGACCGAACCUACAGUACUCGCCACAACUACUGUAGUUGUGCAUGUGUUGGAUGUUCAGGAUAAUGUGCCGAUUUUUGAGAAGGAUUCGUAUUUUGGGGAGAUUCGGGAAGAUGCGCCGGUAGGUGGUUUUUUCGGGUGGUAGAUCAAAUUUUUCUACAGUAAUAUGUUUGGAUUUGUUUUUGUAUUUUGUAGAUCAAAAAUUACAGUAGUCUUGUAAAUUGUCUGAUUUUCUGGUAGAUCAAAACUUCAAUAUCUACAGUAAUCGUGGAGGUACAGUAAUCUAGAAAAAUAUCCGAAAUUCAGAAAAAAUCCUAUUUUUCUCUAAUCCUCUUCUCUCUCAUCUCAUUUUCAUCCAUUUUUUUUGCUGACCACCAACAACCCUCAUAAAAAACGCAGGCGAAAUUGAAAUUAAAAUUCUCGUCGCCGAGUCAAUUUUUUUUUCUAUAUGAAAUUGCCCUUCUUUCGCCUGCCUGCCUGGCUCCGAGCCAAAAUGAGCAGGCAAAUUUCGUAAUUUUAAUUAAAACUAUACAAAAAUAAAAGUGUGUCGUAUAAAUUUUGAGUGGCGAGUUUCGAAAUCGCGUGUCAGAAAAACACUUUUUCCCAAAAAUUUUCCUCAAAAAUAAUAAUAAUAACUCUAUGAAAAAGGAGGACUAAUAAUAAAUCAUGCAACAUUGUUGUUUUUUCACUGCACUCUCUCGACAUGCCGUGCUAUUUCGCUUUGCACAGGACGAGGAAAUGACCAUCUGUCAUUAGGAAAUUGCCAUAUUCUCGGAACCCUCUCCCGGAAAAAUAUGGGCACCUAAAAAACUAAAAUGGGAAUUUUCCGUUGAAAAAUUAGAAAUCUUUUGGUAAAAAAAAGUAACGAAAAAAGUGGAAGGGGGAGAUUUUUUUGUAAAUUAAAUUUGGGAUGAGUUUUGACUAACUAGCUAUACUUUUUUUUGGCUCGGAAUUAGCCAGGAAGGAAAAGUCGGGUUUUUUUUGGGAAAAUUUAGAAAUUAUGGUAGAUCAUAUGUUUGAUAAUUCAACAAUUUUGGAAGUUGUUCAAACUUCGAAUUUUCAAAGUUUUGGAAUUUUUCCGGUUUUUUAAGACCUUCCUGAUUUAAAAAAUGUUCAUGAUCUCCAUAAGAAUUCCAAAGUUCUCGAAUCCAGGAGGUGUAAACCUGGAGCAUCGUCAGAAGUCUGUCUUCUAGGUGGAGUGUUUUAUUUUUUGCAAGCCCCAAGAGCUCAAGCUCAAAUAAAUAACACACAGCCAUUUUUUGCAAGCCCCAACCAACUAAUUCCAAAUUCAUUGGCCACUUUUUUCUCGUGGCGGUCAUCGGAGACCCUCUUCUCAUCUCAUUUCAAUUUCCUCUAACUCAUCAUUUUGUUGUUUAUUGGAAGAAGAAGAAGUAGCUGGGCUGAGGCUAUUAGUUACUUACUCACUUACUCAUUUUAGUAGUAUUAUUUUUGAGAGUACAAGUCUCUAGGCUAGUAUAAUACAUAACAUGUCCGCUCCAUGCUUCCCUCCCCCUAAUUAUAUAUUCGAUGCUUUUCGGACAUGCUCCCCCCUACCACAAAAAGUCGUUUCCCCCUUUUAUGAUAUGUGAGGGCUAGGCAAAAUGUCUUUGGUUGGAAAAUGGCAUAUUACAUAACAUAUAACAUGAGAAUGGGAUUUACAUUGGCUCGCGAAGCAAAAAAUUAGGGAGAAAAUUAGGGAAAAUUCAGGAAUGCCGAAGCCAAUGAAUUUGGAAUGAGAAAAAAACUACUGCUUAAUUUAUUUGGAGUGGGAUGGUUGAAGUUGUACUCGGAAAAAAGUGGACUGGAAUUUAGAGUUUGAACUUAAAGUUUAGGUGUUAUGAAAUAUCGGUUAGCACAUUAAUAUAAUUGUUAUUAGCAGUAGAAAAUGAUAUGAGAAUUGGAGUUGCGAAAUAUUUGAAAGGGAACUUUUUAAAACUUGAGAAGAGAACGAAAACCACCGAAAAAAAAUCGGAAACAAAAUUUUAACUGAAUCUCUAGAAUCUUUGAAGCCAUGAAAAUAUUUAAAUUUCAGUUAAUCAAUUUGAAAAAUAAAGAGCUCUCUCAAAAUUCCACAAGACAUAUUUUACAGAUUGGCACCACUGUUCUCUCCGUCUUCGCUCGUGACAUGGACGCCGACGAAAACGGUGAAGUCGAAUACAGUCUAGCCGACGGCGAUGGCAAAAACCUGCUCUCAAUCAACCCGAAAUCCGGUGUUGUUCAAACAAGCGCCCCCUUGGAUCGAGAAACCCUUUCGAUCAUCAGAUUAGAUGUGAUUGCUAGUGACAAAGGAACACCUCGCAAAGAAUCCAAGGCGUUUAUUGAGAUUACUGUAGUUGAUGUGAAUGAUAAUGCUCCAGUCUUUGAAAAAGAUUCGUAUAAUAUUACGAUUUCGGAGAAUAUCACACUUCCAGCUGUGAUUUUAACAGUGAAAGCGAGUGAUAUUGAUGGAGGUCAGAAUGGAAAAGUGCACUAUUCGAUGGCUUCAGCGAGUUCUGGAAUCAAUAUUGAUUAUUCUAGUGGGCAGGUUACUUUGAGAGACCGAAUUGAUGCCAAAAACUCACCGCUCACUGCAAUUAUCCGAGCCAAGGAUGGAGCUCAACCUGCUCUCUCAUCUACUGUAACCCUAACCAUAAAUGUUAUUGAUAUCAACGAUCAUGCUCCAAAUUUCAUUGCCGCUCAAAAAUUGAUCACUUUGGAGGAAAAUGUGGCGAUUGGCGAAGAAGUUGGGCGAGUUUAUGCGAUUGAUGAAGAUAGCGGGAAGAAUGGAAUGGUUUCGUAUUUUUUGGAGGGAGCUGAGGAUUUUAUGAUUGACCGUGAGACGGGAGUGAUUAGAACGACGAGGUUGUUGGAUCGAGAGAAUGUGGCAAAGUAUAGCUUGAAGGUGAGAAAAACUAAAAAAAAAAACAAAAAAAAUUAAGCCACCUAGGGGACUCGAACCCCUGACCUUAAGAUUAAAAGUCUCACGCUCUACCAACUGAGCUAAGGAGGCCACAUUUUUCGCAGUCUAAAAUUUCUAAUACAUUUCAGAUCACUGCGAGCGAUCAAGGCACUCCACCCUUAAACACAUCAACAAUCAUCAGUGUAAUUUUGAAAGACAUCAAUGAUAAUCCGCCGAUUUUCGAGAAAACUGAAUACAAUGUGACGAUUUCUGAAGAACUACCAAGAGGAAGUCAAAUCAUCACCCUCAAGGCUAAAGAUAUUGAUGAAGAUCAGAAGAUUAGCUAUAAAAUCGAGGAGACGACCAGAGAUAUUUUCAGUAUUUUGGAAAUUGGAGAGAUGGGCGCAAUUUUGAGUAUAUCCGGAGAGAUCAGUAGAUCAGAUCAUUUGAUUCGAGUCGAAGUUUCGGCAACAGAUCAGGGAAAUUUGCAAGGCCGGUGUGUGGUGAAUGUUUUUGUCAGUGAUGUCAAUUCGGCUCCGGUUUUUGUGGAUCAUCCAUUUUCCGUCAAAAUUCCUGAACAUUCUCCGAUAGGAUAUCCGGUUAUUGCGUUAAAGGUGAGUUUUUUCUGGGAAAAAAUGUUGCCUGAAAUUUUACGUUUCAAAAAUUCGAUUUUUGAAAAAAUUGAAUAUAUUUUUUAUUGCGUAGAUCUUCCACAAAUCAAUUGAAUUACAGUAAUUUAAAGGUACACAAUAAACAUUUCAUGAAGAAAUCUACAGUACUCCCCCUCCCCCUAAACUUCAACAUUUUCCAGGCUAUUGACAAUGAUCGCGACUCCAACGCCGCCCUCACCUACACAAUCGACACCGCCUCUUCGGAGCACUUCAAAAUCGAUGCGACGAGCGGUGAACUUGCAGUCGCCCGCGAUUUGGAUCGCGAAGAUCUUGCGACUUUCACAAUUCAAGUGACCGCUACAGAUCAAGCAACACCGCCGCUCAGCGCGACAACUCAAUUGGAAGUUAUUCUUGAUGACAGUGAGUCUUGACAAAAAAAGUUAGCCCGGGUGGGGUUUGAUCCAUGGCCUUGAGAUUGAGAAGUUAAACCUUACCCGCCUGAGCCAAUCAGCCACGUUUUCACUUAGCUUUUGUUUUUGUUUUUAAAACUGACGAAAAGAAAAGAAAAGUGAAGUGGAUUUGAGAGUUAGACUAACUAGAUGAAAAAGAUGAGAUAAAAUAAAUUGGGCGGUAAAUCUUUUUUGAUCUACUCGACUUGAAAAGCAUGUCAAAUUAAUUUAUGUAUUUGUUCAUAAAAGGGUGUGAAAUAAAGGGUGGAGGAGAAAAGACAAACACGAGUUAGCCUAAAUGACAGAUGUUUCGAGAGCUAGCGCUUGUUUACGGAAAUUCGGUAUUUGUAUUCAUAUAUGUGUAUUCAAAGGGGAAUAUUUGAAUUUGAAAUUGAAUGGGAAUGAGAAAAGCAACUUUUUCGGGGACAUUUGAAAAAAAACCACAACCUCAAAAUUUUUCCAGUCAACGACAAUGCUCCGCAAUUCACCUCUUCCUCCUACGCCGCCACAAUUUCUGAAGAUAUUCCAGUCGGAACUUCGUUUCUCCAAGUGUCAGCAAUCGAUUCGGACAUCGGUGCAAAUGGAAUUGUUGACUAUUUUUUGAAUGAAACAGGGUUGAGCGAUGUUGGACAAUUAUUUCGAUUGGACAGAACUUCGGGAACUUUGAGGGUUAACUCGAAAUUGGAUCGGGAAACGCAUAAGGAGUGAGUUUUCAUUUGGGAAGGGUUAUUUUGAUUUUCUGGUGACUAAAAUUCAUAUCUGCUCGGUUAAAGUGGUGCGCCAUUUGGGGCGACGUCGCAUGCUAAAUUUGACAGAAAAAUUUGAUGCGACGUCGCCCGAAAUAGCGCCUCAAUUGAUGCACUGUUUGGGGCGAUGGCGCACAUUCCGGCGCUAUUUCGGGCGACGGCGCUCACUCGCACUACGGUAGGAAACAAAGUGUGCAAGCAUUUUAUAUGACGCGCACCCUUUUUUUUUCUUUUUUUUUGGGCGGCCUCUUUUUUGUUUGUGUUUUUCGAGGGUUUUCAGUAUUUUUUCAAAAGAAAUUGUAGUAAAAUGAUGAAAACCACGUUGAUUUUAUCUUUUUAUAUGUUAUUUGCUGCCGAAUAAGUAGAAAUCUCAGCUCUAUUAGGGAGAAAAUGAUUUUCGAAAAGUUUUGUCAUUUUUCGAUGUAUUUUUACAAGCCGUAAUAUUUUAAUAAAGUAUUCAAAUUUACGAGAAAUUUUCCGGCAAGAUUUCAUUAUUUUUACGUGAACAUUAGACGUCAUUUCAUUUUCAGUUAAAUUCUUGAUCCUAGAGUCAGUUUUUUGUUUCUCUUUCGACCCAAUGGCAAUUUCCUAUUCGUCUGGCUUGUUUCUGCGAUAAGAUAGUUUUCAGAUAACCGGAAUCGGAAGUACGACAAUAAAUAACCAAUACAACAUAUGGUGGCGUCACAAAAAUCAUUUUGUUUUGCGCGCUCCUCAGGUUUGAUUUUUAUGUAUUGUCUUUCGAAAAUUCAAAAAAAUCGUAGGUUAACUGAUUGAUUCUAGAUUGGAACAAUUGAAAUAUCAUGAUCAACAUCGAGACGGUCGAAAUGGAAACAGAUCGAAUGGCCAAUCGACUAGGAAAACAAAAGAUGGUAAGUGUUUUUCGAUAUGAAUCUCGAAAUACAGACAAAAUACAUAAAACUCAUGGUUUUCAGCUCGAAAACUAGCAUUUCUCUCGAAAAUCCCUGAAAAUCGCGAUUUUUCAGCUGAAAAUUGUGAUUUCCAAGGAUUUGGGCAGAAAAUCUGA